AUAUAGAUUUCUCCAUGUGCAUUAAUAUACGAUGAUAUAUUUAAGUUGAUUGUUGAGGAAUUUGUUGCAAUCACGCUUCUAAAGCCAUGGAACACGAUAGGAAAGGAAACACAAGUUUCAAUGGAUUGUCCAGACACUUGGUGGAUAGCCAGCAUGAGAAAAAGAGGAGGAACUAUAAGCUGAUAGUGGAUCCAAUGUUGAGAGGGGGUGGACAAAAGUUGUAUCGCUUUGAAGGAUUGGAUCCAAUGGAUAACCGACCUAUUCAUGUGCGAGAUCCACGUUCCAGAUUAACACGAUUAUGGACAAAGAAACUACCAGCAGACUUACCAAUUCCAAGAUUUAAGUAUGACGAACACUAUGUCGGAGAACCACCACCAAAUGAAGUGACAUUUACAAACUUAAACGAUAACAUUAAUCAAGAUUUUCUUGAAAACAUGGUGAAGGUGUAUGGAAGUGUGGAGGAGGUCAAGAUUUAUUACAAUCCAAAAAACAAGAAACAUUUGGGUGUUGGCAAGGUAAUGUUUUUGUCCUCGAAGUCAGCAAAGUUAUGUGCAGAUAAGCUCAAUCAUUCCUCUAAGAUGGGCAAUGUGAUGACUGUGUUUGUUGAUGCAGGAGGCAAAGAGAGACAGAAGAUUGUUGAUGACAUGCUCUCAGACAAGCCCAAGAACUCAGCACCUGUCAGUAGUGCCGCCACUUCAGUAUUGACAGAUCCACGCAGGAACAGACGCUUGUCCUCAUCUUCUUCAUACCCGACCCUUAAAUCAUCCUCCAGUAUUCAGUCAGAUUUCUCCACAAGUAUCCAAUCACAGUCAAGUUUUGAUGCAUAUGACCCCGAGGCAUAUGACCCUGAAUUGGAAUAUUCCUUAAGUCAGCCCCCUCCACACCUUCCCACUCAGCCUCCACCUCCGCUGCCUACCCAGCCCAUGUAUGCCUCCUCAGAGAAGAGUUUUAGCAGCAGUCAGUCAGACCUGGGGUACACGUCGGGUACACCCAUGUCUAAUUACAGUCAUGACGGCUUCAACAAGGGCUUCGAUGGGCAGUCUAAUACUCCUGGUAGCAGCUUCUAUACUGGGAGCAAUCACAAUCAGUUUGGCAUGUCACAAAGUCAUGGAAACAGUGGUGCUAAUAGUGGAUAUGGCUUCCAGCAACAGCCACCACCUCCACUUCCUCCACAACCUCCUCCUCAUCAACCUCCUCCUCAUAUACCUUCUCAUCCACCUCCUCACCUUCCCUCUCAUCCCCCUCCUCAUCUGCCACCACAUCAGUCUCAUGUAGCACCGAUUCAUCAGAACCAGCAUCAUCACAUGUCAUAUAAUAACAAUGAGAAUCAGUAUUCCUCCAAUCAGGACAUGGAUCGAUAUCCAUCAGAUCCACGACAUAGGGGAAGCAAUCACCAUAGAAACAGACAGAACAGUGAUGGUGGUCCUAGAGGUGACCACCGCAACCGGGACUGGCGGAGGGAUAGGGACCACCGGCAUUCUAGAGACUCACGAGAUCACAGAGAUCGUGGGGAUGAUCGGAUGGGAGAGAGGGAUGGGUAUAAUAGAGAUUCGCAGAGAGAUAGGUUUAAUCGCAGAGACCGCGACAAUGAUCGGGGCAACAACAGGGAAAGGAAUCAUCAUGAUAGGUUUAACAGAGACACGAGAGAAAUGAAAAGAGGUGGACCAGGGGGAGGUAAGGACAGAAUGGAUAUGAGGACAGGACCAGGUGGAGGAAAAGACCGCAUGGAUGGUAGAGGAGAAAGGGACAGUGGUAGAUUUCGUCAUAGACAAGAAUCUUCUGAAAGGAGUAUGGAAAGGGAGAAACCUCCACCCCAACCUCCAAAACCCAAAACACCAGAACCAGAACCUGUACAGGAGGAGGAGCCACGCAGCAUGAGUUUAGAUUCUCGUAUUCAGAGCUUGUUGCAAAAUGCAAUGGGUGAAGGCUUUGGUAGCCCAUCAUCAGACUCAACUAGUGAUUCAAGGAAAAAGGAGACCACUCCUCCACCAACGCGAUGGGAGAAACCUGUGUCUGGGCCCCGCACUCCUGAACCAGAGGUCCCACGGGUACCACCCCUUCCUGUGGUAGACCAACCCCCUACUCCUUUUAACCACAUGUCACAUUUUGGUACACCGCGGGAAUCAGGGCCCCACAGUACGCCCGACUUCAGGGAUGUUAAUAGUGUUCCUGGCAGUGUAAAUGGUAACAUUAAUAUGAAUGUGCUCCCCCCUUCUUUUCAUCCUGCUAAUAUUCCUGGAAUGCCAGAUAUGUACAAUAAACUACAACCAUCACAAGAUAAAGCAACACCCACACAAGAAGUUGUUCAGGACAAUAAAAGUGCAUCUGAUGAUGAUGACCGAAUGAGUAUAUCAUCAGGUGGAAGUGGGGACCAGAAUAUCGAGGUGAAUCCUUUACUUCAUCCCUCUGGUGAAGUACCCAAUCAGACAAUGGCACCCUUAGUAAAUACAAACUUUAUGUCGCCAAACACUUCUCAGCCUACAGCUUGGCAGACAGGCUCAUACAACUAUGGUUUUAAUUGUGGUCCGAGUGUAGACAUGUCUGGUUACAAUGUGUAUAACCAAAACUAUUACAACCAGUGUAUGAAUAAUUCUCUUAACGUCAGCUCUCAAGGACAAGUUGUAGAUCAGUCGGAGGAGGACGAAAAGGUGGAGAAAACAUUCGCAGCAGUGUUGGAUGGUUGUAUUAAGGAAUUAAAACAAAUAAUGCAAAAAGACAUGUGUAAAAAGAUGGUAGAAAACUCAGCAUUUAAGUCAUUUGAUGGUUGGUGGAACAAUGAGGAACAGAGACACAAACAGAUGCCACAGAAAAUAUUACCAGAAAAGUUGACAGAGAAACCAUCCUCUGUCAAGCCAACAGUGACUGUGGGUAAAAAAGAGGUGAGCUCCACCAUCGCCUCUCUGUUUGAACCACAGCACCCCUGGACCAAGGAAGGAGAGAUCAACUUCAGCAGCUACUCUGGCGGUAUGAGUGGGGGAUUCCUUGGUAUACGGGGAGGAAUGCCUCGUCUACCCUCAUUCAAGAGAAAGUUCCGUCCACCAUCACCACCUCCUGAAGACGAGGAGAGUAAAGGUGCACAUGAAGAGGAGGGAGAUGAUGAGGCCAAGAGGGAAGAUGAUGCUGGAUCAGAUGAUGAAAUAACCUCCAAGAGGGCAUCAAGGAAGGCUGUGGUCAGUGAUAGCAGUGACGAUGAAGAUGAGGAAGGUGAUGAUGAUGAAGAAGAAGAGGAAGAGGAGGAGGAAGAUGAUGAUGAAGAAGCCAGUGCAGAGAGCAGCGAGGAAGAAAGUGAAGAGGAUGAAAGUGAGGCAUCAGCAUCUGAUUCUGAUGAGGAAGAAGAAGAGGAGGAUGAAGAAGACACCACGAUAGAUGUAGAAGGGAAGGAUGAGGAUGAUGAAGAGGAUCCCAUCAUAGAUGUGACAUCUAAAGAUGAAGGAGAGGAAGAAGAGGAGGAAGAACUGUCUGUUGGUGAACCAGAUAGGAUUGAGAAGGAGGAGGAGGGGCAGCAACAGCAGGAGGAGGAGGAAGAAAUGGACAAGGAGGAUGAAGAUGAGGAAAUUGACAUGUCUCUGUCUGAGCCUGAGGAAAAGGAAGAGAAGGAACCACUAGAAUUGCCCCAGCCCUCUGAUCGGGUAUUACCCACAAAGGAAGAUAUCUGUGAUAAAGACAAUGCUGAGAAGGAAGACUCGCAAACUGAAAGUGAAAAUGUGAAUAUUAAUAAUGCAAAGUCUUCCUUUGAUGCGAAUCUUGCAAUAGCCAAAAAUUUAACUAAAUCCAAUUUCCAGACGUUAUUAGAUGCAUCUGAAAUUCUUAGUUUACGAGAACUCGUGCAAAAGCCAUCAAUUCUGAAAGAGACAGAUAAAGUGAAAGAGGAAGUGAUUGAUGUUGUGGAUUCUGAGCCAGAUAAAGAGGAAAAGUUUGGAUUUCUCGCAGAGCAUGAUUACUUUGCUCCACCUGUGGUACCAUCAGGACAGGAUGGAGAGGAGAUUGAUUCAGAUGGGACGGUGUCAGCAGAUGAAGAAACAUCAACAGUGGAAGUAUUCAUGGACCAUAAUUACUGUCUUCCUCCUAAAAUACCAGCCAAACUGGAAAUGCCAGUGGAAGAAGUGAAGCCGGAACCUGUGAAGGAGAUAGUGAAACCCAAUGAAGUGAAAACAGAGUUACCUCAGGAAAAUAAAAAACCAAAAGCAAAGAGAAAACCUAGAAAACAGAAACAACCCACAUUGACAGACAUCACAGAAGAAACAAUAAACUUAAAUAAACAACGAGGUAGUCGAGAGUUAGCAAAUCUUCUUGAACCCAUUAAACCUAUUCCAAAAUUUGAUCCCAGGAAUUUGGAUGAUGAAAGGAAAGUGUUUUUUGACAUGUACACAAGUGGUCUUGAUUUAGAGGAUAUUAUGUUCUUGAAAAGGACUUACGAGAAUCUUCUACAGUCUGAAGAUCCUAAUUGUUACUGGAUUAAUGACAUUCUAUGGGUGGACCACCCUAUUACAAACAUACCAGACCCUGUUCCACCCAAAAAGAGACGGAAACUAGAAGACAUGCCAAAGAUACAUUCAACAGGGAGUGCUAGAACUGAAGGUUUCUACAAACUGAGUGUGAAGGACAAAACUGGUAACAGGCUUGAUGCCUUCAAGGCAGGCAAAGAGCCUGACUCUAGACUGGAGAAGAAAGCUCACACUUCCAGGGAAGCUCGACAUGAGAAUAGAAGGCUUCAAACAACAUUUGCUGACCUUGAUGUGGGAGACUUGCUUCGUUUCAAUCAACUCAAGUACCGUAAGAAACAGCUGAGGUUUGCACGCUCUGAUAUCCACGACUGGGGUCUGUUUGCCUUGGAACCCAUUGCAGCGGAUGAGAUGGUGAUUGAGUAUGUAGGACAAGGUGUGCGACAGUCAGUAGCAGACCUCCGGGAGAAGAAAUACGAAGCUGAUGGUAUUGGCAGCAGUUACAUGUUUAGGGUGGACGCUGAGACUAUCAUUGAUGCUACCAAGUCUGGCAACCUGGCUCGUUUUAUCAACCACUGUUGUAAUCCAAACUGUUAUGCUAAGGUGAUCACAGUGGAAAGUCAGAAGAAAAUUGUGAUUUAUUCCAAGAGAGACAUUGAUGUCAAUGAGGAAAUAACAUAUGACUACAAGUUUCCCAUUGAGGAUGAGAAGAUUCCAUGUUUAUGUGGGGCGACAUCCUGUCGUGGUACACUCAAUUAAGGAGGAUUUUAUGUUGUUAAUUGGUCACAUAAAGGGGAAUUCAUCGAAGUGUCAGCAAUGAUCACCAGAACAUAUACAUCCCCAGAACAUAUGGUCUAUAUUUGUCAUCAGAAAGUUUCCUACAGAUUACCAGAAAUGUUUAGAUGGAACAUUAGAAGUGUAAUGAAGAGUUUCAGAAAGAUCUCUGUGGAUAAAAUUCAUCAUCUCUUUCUUAUCUACAUGGUAAUGUGGAGACUUUUCUGAUAAAUUCUUCAUAUGGCACUGCUACUAGUUCAGAUCUAUGUAAUUUAUUGUAGGGACUUAUUGUCAGGAAGACUUUGCUGGAGGUAUGUUAAUCAGGGAAAUCCACAUUCAUAGCUUCUAAGACUUCAGCUGAAUCAACAAUGUCAAAGAAAAGAUUUCUGCUUUUUUAGUGAAAAUUAAAUACUUGUAGAUGGGAUGUUCAAGAAAAACUAAAUUUGUGUUGAAAAAUCUGCAGGAAAAAAUAGAAAUACACCUGUUUAAGAUACAUUAGAAUAGAGGUAUUGUUUGGACAGGUAACAACUCUCGAUAGAGUUAAAAGAUAUGUGACCUAAUUAGAGUGCUUCAGAUAUUGUUCUCCUGCGUGGUAGACUUACACUUUGAUCUCACUACAGCCAGUGUCGUGCCAGAUAAACAUUACUACGACAGGCUACAGCAUUCAGGGAGCAGCUAUGGACUGCAGAUUCUUUUGUCUGUGUAUCUUCAAGAAUUAUUUGCAAAUUUUCACAUUUAAUCUGAUUUAAUAUAUGUAUAAACAGUCAGAUUUUUACUACCAAGAUGAAGAUUUUCUUGUCUAAUGAGAUGUGAGGGGUGGUUUUUGUGUCGUUUUGUUUUGUUAUGAAUAGUAUAUAGCUUAAGAGAUGAAAUCAAGUGCUGUUGUGUGUGUGUGUGUGAUUGAAACAACUGUAUAAUUCUAACUCAUAUUAUUUGAAAUGUAAUCCUUAUCUUCAUUUUUCAACAAAACCUGGCAUGACCUUGGAUUGUUAAACCAGGGUCCCUAAACAUAGCAUUUAGAGCAAUCGAAAAGAUUGUAAAACAGACCAGGACUAUUAUACAUGCUGUACUGAAAACACUAGUGCUUCCUUGUUCCUUAUACACUGAAGUAGUCUAUAAAGACACUAAAGUUUUAUGUUGUAGUUAUAAUAAUGUUAAGGCAAUGAAACACCUUGCUUCCAGAUUUAUGUUUCUGCUAUGAAAUCCACAUCAUCUACCCAUCAAAUUAGCUUCUUUUAUGUCAAUGAUUUUAUUAUUUGUCUUUCUAAGUAUAGCGUUUUUGUUUUUUGUUGUAAAUAAUGUUUACAGUGUUAAUACUGUAGAGGUAUUAUGUUAGUGCUUCACUAAUAUUUUCCUGAUUUUGAUAUGGUUUUUGUAAAUGCUCUGUCAUUGUUAGCAUGCAUAUGAAUAGGGUACACCUCUGUCAUGGGAAAAACUUGUAAUAUAGGCUGCUAUUACUCAGUGAUAUAUCAUCUUUUUCACAGAAAAACUUGAAAUAAAGACUGCUUUUACUCGGGCUAUAUCUCAUCUUUGUCAUGGAAAAACUUGUAAUACAUGCAAGAUUUUUUACUCCCAAUGUUAUCAUGUAUUGUCAUUAAGCUUAUAAUUAUGGCUGAUAUUACUCGGGCGAUAUCUCAUCUCUGUCUUUGACUUAAGUAUGACUGAUAUUACUCGGGCAAUAUCUCAUCUGUUUUUUUUUUAAUUAAUUAUGACUGAUAUUACUCGGGCGAUAUCUCAUCUCUGUCUUUGACUUAACUAUGACUGAUAUUACCUGGGCGAUAUCUCAUCUCUGUCUUUGACUUAACUAUGACUGAUAUUACUCGGGCGAUAUCUCAUCUCUGUCUUUGACUUAACUAUGACUGAUAUUACUCGGGCGAUAUCUCAUCUCUGUCUUUGACUUAACUAUGACUGAUAUUACUCGGGGGAUAUCUCAUCUCUGUCUUUGACUUAAUUAUGACUGAUAUUACUCGGGUGAUAUCUCAUCUCUGUCAUUGACUUAACUAUGACUGAUAUUACUCGGGCGAUAUCUCAUCUCUGUCUUUGACUUAACUAUGACUGAUAU